AGUCGGCACUAUUCAGAAAUGGACAAAUGUAUUGCUUUUACUGUCAUAACGAUGCUGGCGGUGGCAUGUGUGGCCUCGCCUCUGUCAGAGGAAACACCUGGACGCACAGAUGCGACUGAACGGGAGGAGAGAGGAAUACCCGAGACACGUGAGAGCGCCACGGGGACUGAGAGACUGCAGUCCCGCGCCGCGAGGUUAAGGCGUUUCGCGUCUUUACCAGAGGAUCAGCGCGAGUUCAUGUCCCGGCAGAUCUUACAGGCACUGUCAGAAAUCAUUCACCGAGACGACUGCGUUACAGAUUAUCAAGGCUGGGUAGAUUUUGGCCGGCGGAGUACAGACUGACCUGCAAAGUCAUGAAAACUAAGC